AAUUGGGGUCCUGUCAAGCCAGAGAGCCUGCACACGGAUCGGGUCUGGCUGGCGUACCUCCCACUCCUACCUACUGACGUAGGGUCCCCACAGAGAUAGCCACCCCAGUCCCCAGGAUGCCCAGCAGAACUGCCCGGUAUGCUCGCUACAGCCCCAGACAGCGGCGGCGGAGGCUGUCGGCUGAUCGCAGCGUGCGUUUCCCUAAUGAUGUUCUCUUCUUGGACCACAUCCGCCAAGGCGACCUGGAGCAGGUGGGGCGCUUUAUCCGGGCUCGGAAAGUCUCCCUGGACACUAUCCACCCCUCAGGCCUGGCCGCGCUGCACGAAGCGGUCCUCUCUGGAAACCUGGAAUGUGUGAAGCUGCUGGUCAAAUACGGCGCUGACAUUCACCAACGAGAUGAGACUGGCUGGACGCCUCUGCAUAUCGCUUGCAGUGAUGGGUACCCUGACAUAGCCAGGUAUCUAAUUUCUUUGGGAGCAGACAGAGAUGCAGCCAAUGAUGAUGGCCAUCUGCCCUCUGACCUUAUAGACCCAGACUUCAAGGACUUGGUAGAACUCUUCAAAGGAACCAGCAUGGACUGAGCCAGCCAAGCCCUUCGGGGCUUUGUGCCUCCCUGGAGAAGACGGCAAGCUCCUUGCCCCAGGGGCCAGGGUGUGCCCACCAUGGAACACGCCAGUGAGGCAGCCAGGCUGUCAGGACUUGUCGUGGGCCACGCCUCCCUUGUACCCAUUUCUCUGGCCUGGCUUUUUCUCCAGGUUUUGUCUUUUGUGUGUUGUUUGUUUUUUUAUGGUGAUACUUUUUACUUUUUCAAUAAACACGACUCCCAAGCUGUGAUGCUAA